GAGCCCUGAUGUUAAAUAGCAGGCGAAGAUGUUCCGAUUUCAGAACGAUUUAGAGCACAGUUGAAAAGUUAAUACGCUGACUAUAAUGGACUAAUUAGAAAAAUAAAAGCAGUAAUUUUCAAUGCGUGAGAUAAGACGUGUGUCUCCCGGCCAAUGCUUGAGAGUUGGCAGCUCGGAGAAGGCUAGGGCUACAGUAACAUAACCUAUACGGAGGAUACUGAGGCUAUGAUAUCUAAAUGGCUUUACACUGAAUUCUGAUGACAGGACAACCUGAGCAUAAAAGGUACGACGGCAGACAAAGUUUACAGCUAUGAAGCUGUAAGGGAACCCACAACAUGGCAAGCACACAGCAGUCUGCUUUUGAGUAUGUCCAAAAUGGCAGAGCUCUUCUUGAGGGUCACCUCCAGAAACCCUCCUUGGUCGUUGAUGAGUUGCGAAAGAAUAACAUCUUCAGCGAAAAACAAGUUAGAGAAAUUAAAUCCCAUAAAAAGAGGUCUGUCAAAACCAGAAAGAUGCUGGACAUGAUUAUCAAGAAAGGGGAAUAUGCCAGCUAUGAACUGUUAAAAAUAUUGUACAACACAAGGAACCAAACCUUACCAAGAACAAACCCUACCCAGAAUCAACCUCGCCACCCAGAUUUACAUCAAUGGAUCAGCUGCUUUUCGUUUACGGAUGACCCAGAUUUACAGAGUGGCCUCGUCUCUGAAUCAGGGCCUUGUGAGAGGUACAAAAGGCAGCUGCGAACGAAAGCCGUUGAGUUUCUUCAUGCAAAAUGGGACCAGCACAUGCAUUUCCUCAAAGACAAGGCAAAAUUCAAACCCUUUACUUACAUUCCUGUCGUUUUGGACACCGACUCGAGUGAGCUGUCCAAAACUAAAAGCAAGUACAAAAAAGCACGCUCUAAGAAACUUAAGACUUACAUUCCAAGAGACAAGGGAAAACUGUCCCCUGGUCACUUACUGGAAAGCAGUGAGAAAAAGAUUCUACUUGUUGGUAAACCUGGCAUUGGAAAGACAACUGUUGUCCAGCAAGUUUUAAAUAUCUGGGCAGAGAAUGAGAAUCCUCAAGAGAGUUAUAUGUUUUACUUUGAUGAGCCUUCGAUGACAUCAAUGUCUCACUCUUCACAGCCCUCAUCCUUGAGGUCUCUGCUGUUUGAAAGAUACCUAAAGCCAGAGGAAGGCACAGAGGAUGUGGUGCUGUGUGAUAUUCAAAAUAAUUCAGAAAAUGUUAUCUUUGUGUUUGAUGGGAUCAUGGAUGUGAUUGGCAACCCCGUGCUAAAUAACAUUUUGGCAAAAGAACUUCUGUGUGAUGCCAAGAUUCUGACCACGUGCAGACCAGAGGCAGAAGACUGCGAGUUUUUAUCUGACUGGCCGUCUUACAGAGUGGAGGUCCAAGGAUUCAACAAUGAGUCCAUCCAUGCUUACUUAAAGUGGAUGUUAGGCACUGAGGAUGACUAUGUUUGUAGUGUUACGAGCAACGACGCACUAUUCAGUCUAUGCCAUGUCCCAAUGUACGCUUUCAUAGUGACUGCUUGUAUUUCAUUUAGUCCCUGUGAGGCUAAAAACCACCCAUGCACCAUAACAGAAAUGUAUGUGCGGAUCUUUCGUCAUUGCAUGAAAAGACAUGGUGACCAAAAUGUUGAGUAUCUGGAUAAGUACAUUCAUGACAAUAUGGGGAACAUCAAGUUUCUAGCUAUAAACUCUUUCCAAGCUUUACUUGCGAAAACCGUAAACUUGACAGAAAUGGAUUGCAAGGACAACAGUGUUCAACAUGCGUUCUUGUCAUCCAGUGCAGCAAAGGAAUCGUCAACUGGCCAUUCGUUUGCUUUUCUCCACAACACGAUGCAGGAGUUUUGGGCUGCUCUUUUUCUGUUGAUGACACCUGGAAACAUCACCUCCGUCCUUCAACAGUGUCAGACAGAAGAAGGAAAGUACUUGAAGUACAUUGUGUCCUUCCUCUGUGGACUAUUGUCCAGUGACAUUGCUGAAUUGAUUAACUGUGUAGUGCCAGAGGACCAGAUAAGGGAAAUAUCUGACAUAUACCUUGAGAAAGUCAUAGACACCUUCCUCGGGCCUGCAAUACUACACGGACAUGAUGAGUCCCAUACCGAGUUGGAUGCUGAUCUCCUCUUCGUUUGCCAGUGCUUGUAUGAGCACCAGUCACCCGAAGCCUGUUCACUCCUUCUACAAAAAGUGGAGUAUGAGCUUGAUCUCAGUGGACAAUAUCUCGAUCCUCAACAGUGCUGUGCUGUGUCAUAUGUGAUCAACCAGUCCACAAACAAGAAUGUCUGUCUGUACCUGAUUGACUGCACUUUCUCUGAUCCAGGAUUAAGGCUGAUUCUGGGCUCUUUGAAAAAUCUUCAAUGUCUCAGAUUGGAUCCCACUACACAAUGUCAGGUGUGGAAAGCUGCUCUUCACUCAGGGAACCCGAGUGACUCUGAAGGCUUGCUAAGACUGUGUGAAUAUGAAAUUCACUUAAGAGUCAUGGAGAAACAGGACCAAAAGGUGUGGGAGAGAGUGGGAGAGGUCCUGAAGCACAAGAGACCAGAGAAGGUCAAACUCUGUCUACAUUUGGUUGACAACUCACUGCAUGCAGCUAAUUCCUUGGGAAAGAGCAUAUUUGACCAUUUGCCAAACGUUGAGGCUAUCAGGUUUGUUGAACCUGUUGAUCUGAGACGAUCAUUAGUGGCAUGGAAAAUGGAGGUGAGGUCAUUCCAGCAGGAUAUUUUGCUGCACGGGGCUCUGUACCAGAUGGAGACAGGACUGAAACGGGUAGAGGACCUGCAAGCAGUGCUUUGUCUGGCUAGCACAUAUUCUUUAGAGGAACAGAGCAAAUUCAUUUUGAGUUUGUACCAACAUAUAGGAAAAUAUGAGAAUGAUGAAGGUGUAGCAGUUUUACCAACAUUGCAGCCAGUUUUCAAGUCAUUUCCUGCAGUCUGGUACAUACACUUUGCUGAUACGAAGGCCUCUGUCCUCCUUGAUGUGAUGAAACUCCAAAACGUGAAGAAACCAGUGGAGCUGUGGUGGUCAAAUGAUGAGUGUGACAUGAGCCUCAUUCAUUGUUUGCCUUAUAUUUCACAGCUAAGGUUCAAUGACUGCAUUCUGAUCCAGUAUGAUGACACUAAAGGAACCAUUGAAGGCCUUUUGAAACUAUUCUGUUUUGCAAAGCAGCGUCAGCUUGAGACAGGAGAGGAGACACUGAGGAUGCUGUCGACAGUAUGCAGCUACUCAAACUUCCCUUUUGCGAGUGAUAACAAAGACGAACAGAGUGAUUUUCUGCUAGAUUUAUACUCCUCUGCAAAGUCGUUUGAACUUGAAUUGGAGGGCCAAAUUCUCCCAUCAUUGUUGACAGUCUUUCAGUCAGCUCAGCCUGCAGCCUGGGUCCUUGACCUCGGUACAGACAAGGCCUCCAUCCUACUUGAGGUGCUGAAACUCCAAACAGAGAAGAAACCAGUUAGACUGAAGGGCUGGCUAGAAACUGAUAAAAGCAAAAUAAAGAGUUUUCUUCGGUGCCUACCAUAUAUUUCACAACUGAGGAUUAUUCCUCAACAUGAGAGUGAUACAGAGGUGAAGAUGCCUACACUGACUUCUGAGCGACUAAAGAGAUUCUUCCUUUUGCACCUGCUUGAUCAUGGAGAUCUGGACAACACGGAGACAGGACAGAGCUCUGUUGAGGAACUGUUGUCAGUUCUUGGGUUUGCUCAUUCAGACGACUCUCCAGAAAGGUGCUUGUUUCUGUUAGAUCUGUUCUCACAUGGGAAAGACUACGAGACUCAAACAGGCAGAAAAGUUUGUCACGCAUUACUUCCUGUUUAUCGGUCAGCCCCUGCAGUCUGGUCCAUAGACCUCUCGGAGAGAAAGGGCUCUCUAAGCUGUGAUGACCAGUUCCAGCUGUCUCUGUGGGGUGCACUCCCUGUCGGCUCAGAAUGGGAUGCACAGCUAGCCUCCUCACUCCUCCAGGCCCUAGACUACACCAUCACAUUGUCAGGGUGGUUGCCCACUGUAACCUGCAAGGCAGUAGGUGCAGUCCUAGGCCAAUCUGCCCCUGGAGAAAAACUCAGCGUCAGUCUCAUCCCAGAUAGUAUCUCAUUCCAAGGAGCUGCAUUACUCUUCAAGCAAGUGAAGGAGUUUCACAAACUUAAGGUAAACGAAAUGUCAACAGCAAAGCUGGCCAGAUUGGCAAGGUCAAUGACAUGCCGAAGACCAAUGGUCGUUGAGGAGCUGACUCUUGUCUUGUCUAGGUCAAUUCCAAAAGAAGGGGUGCAGUGUAGAGUGCUCAGUGGUUUAGCUUUACUCCUUAGAGUUUGGACUGUAAGGGUCUUAAAUCUGAUAGACUGUCCAAUCCAGGGUUUCCUUCUCACUACCUUGUUGUGUCAUCAGGGUCCACUCACUAUCAGGCAAGUUUCUAGAUCUUCUUCACACUUGAAAAAAUAUGGACUUUUGUUUUGUGAGGUGUGCUAUUGUUUUGAAAGAUGGGUUUGUUUAUGUUUCCACGACAGACUGAGUAAGGAGACUCGGCAGCAGCUGGCUGUUGUGGUGUAUGAGGCUCAGGAUGAGGAACUGACCCAAUGCUUUCUGGAAAAGUCGGGUAGUGAUCUGUCUAACUGUACACUGGACUGGGAUGUGCUUCACUACCUGCUGAAGACCACCACACAACCCAUCACCAUCAACCUCAGGAGGAGCAGAAUCAGAGACCAAUACAUACCGUAUCUCCUCCCUUUGCUGAAGAAUGUUCACUUUCAAAGGACAAGCUCCCAGUUUGAGAGGACAGCUCUGAGAGAAAUACAUGAGCAACGUGCUGGUCACUUGGUGAACAGUUUAGUGAAGUCAUCAGAUGACUGGAUCGACCUGAACAACCUGGUUUUGAACCAUGAUGACUGUGAAGCGCUUCGUUUUGCCCUGCACUACAGUGACGGUGUCAAACUCAACUUGUUGUUGACCAUCAUUCCAAAGGAGGAAAUGGAGAGCAUUCUGACUCUUCUACACAGAGUCUCUGAGCUCAGGGUCGAAAGGAAACUAUUGCUGGAGCUGCUCCAUACCUGUGCAGUAGUGAGAAGGAGGAGAGGAGUGGCACCUGCACUCCUGACACUGCUGCAUCACAAACUGGACCUCUCCUGCUCCUCUGCCAUGGACCUGUUUGGGCAGGAGAAGACUGUUUUGAGCCUCAGUUUUGGAGACUGUAGGGUAAUCUCCGCGGCCAUCCAGGAAGCUGAUGGUGACACAGAGCUGAUCCUACACGACUGCCAUGUUGAGGAUGAAGGAAUAGAGGAGCUGUUUCAUGUUUUGCACAGGAUUCAUAUGAGCUUUGGAAAACCUCUUCUGCUGCAACUCCUGCACUUGAUAUUUGUGGAAGAUUGCGACAGGUCAGUGAGGCUUGCUUCAUUACUCUCCAGAGCCCUAGAAAAGAAGGUGGACCUCAGUCAUAGCCCUUUAGACUCGAGGGCCUGUUCAACACUUGCCUUGGUUCUAGAACACUCGGAAGGGCUUUCCGAGCUGAACCUCAGUGACUGCCACCUCACUGACACACAACUGGACGUGCUGCUCCCACAUCUGCACAAAGUUCAAGUCCUGAAUCUUUGCAAUAAUGAAAUCACCGACAAAGGUGCUGUGAAACUUAACCUAUACAUGAUCGGCAAUAGCUUCACAGAAACUGUAUGGCUCUCCAGCAACAUGAUUACUGAGUUUGACAUCUUAUUGGCGGACAACCGCUACAAACUGUGGCCAGCUCAUGUGGAGCCUGGGUGGCACGAUCAGCGCGUUACUUCCCUGGGAUCUACCGCUGUGACAAAUGAGACCUCUAAAAAAAAACCCCUCAUUGAAGAAUUUGAUCCUGACAAAACAAUAACAGACAAGAUUACCUACAGGUUCCAGUGUGGGUCUCGUGGCAGGUUUCAGUGCAGAGCUACAGGGCUGGUUUUUGGGAUGAGGGGGGCAGGAAUUGUGGAGUACAGUGUGGUCCACUGGGACAGGGAUAUCCUUGCUAACACCAGCUAUGAGCCUGCAGGCCCCCUGUUUCAACUCAGGAGUCCAGAGGGACAUAUGUACCAACUACAUCUACCUCACUGCGAGGUUACGGUAUCUGCAGCUGAGAACCUUCUUGUGGCCCACAUAUGCAGAAAGAACAGGGAGUUCUUAAUACCCAAGGUGACACACUCACACGUGAUUGUAAGCAUUAGUGGGCUUUCAAAUUAUGGAAAAGCUCGUAAAAAACAAUCCAACAGCAACCGUAUCCAAGGACAGGUGCUACUGUUCCUUGAGCCUGAAGCAACUCCAGAAGAGCAACGGCUCUGGGUGUUCCUGCUGCCCCGAGACAUGCCGCCAGACCAGGUGGAAAAUCAGCACAAAGAGUUCACAUUCAUUAAGACCAGCUCAUCCUGUAUGCUGACACCCACAGCCAAAUAUAGUGUGACUUCUGACCUCAAACAAGGCUUUCUUGUUCAACCCAAAAAAUACACUUUGCACAUUGCACAUUGCACAUACCAACACGCCACCUUUGAGGUCUUCUUGAACCGUAGUAUCACAGAACUCAAAAUGAAAAUUCUGGAGACGAAGCUAAAGACGAGGAAACGCUGGUGUCGCCGAGUGAUUCUCAACACACAACGGGAUAAUGCUGCUAAGAUGAAAAGAUUCAAUGAGCAGCAGUGGAUAAAGAACCUGGGUGACAUGCUGAGAGAACUGUCAAAGGACGAAAUUAAGAAGCUUAAGUCAAUGAUGAGGAAUAAGGAACAAAAGCCAAUCCCCAAGAGUGCUCUGGAGGGACGAAAAAGCCCUGAGGAGCUUGCAGAGCUGAUGGUGGAGACCUGGGGGAUGCAUGACUCCAUCAAGGCCACCAAAGAGUUCAUGGAGAGACUGCCACGCAAUGACGAUCGAGUGACCUCCUUGCUGCAGCCAUUCUUGUAGCAUUUUGGCAAAGGGUGGGAGAUGAUGGAAGUGUGGUGGCUACCUGCAAAAAACUAUGGGAGUAUGCUUUUACAAGGUCCAAAACUCAGGGAAAAUCAAAUCCAUUGAAAUUGAUAUAAUGAACAGAGCAUUUAGAGAACAAAUAUAUUGUAUUGCAGUUGUCUUUAAUUUUGUAAACUUUUUGGGAAAACAUUUCAGUUGAACAAUAUUUUGAGAUUUUAUGUAUAUUUCUAUAUUUUAAAACUUUUUUUAAAUCACUGAAAUAUGUACAGUAUGACCAAUUACUUUUUCUACCUGUUUGAAUCUUGGCGUUGUCUCAUCCACACAUUCGGAUAAAACCAUGAAUCUAAUCCGUGGCCAAUUAUUGUUCUACCCUUUCACUGUCAUAACGGUACAAAUCUUUGCCGCAAAUCCUAAAACUAGUAUGUAUGAUUAUUGCUAUCCUCAUUUCAUCAGGAAAGACAAAAAUGCCAAAACCCUCAUCAUUAGUGUACUUGCUGUUAUUCCCUCUUAAUAGUCACAGUUUGCAUCACAUAGUAACCAAUUCUUGAUAUUAACCAAUUGCCUACACUGUUGUGCUUGUUUUUUAAUUUUUUUAUUAAAUGUGCUUUUCUAUGCAAUAAAGAUUAGGGUACACACUGAGCAAUAACCUACAAUAUUGGUAGGCCUAAACCUAAUAUUUUGUUGAUUAAAUACAUUAUUUAGAUUGUAAA